AAAAAAAAGGUCGCGUUUCACAUAAUUAUGUGAUACGUUUCACAGAAUUUAGUGAAACGUUACACAGAAUUAUGUGAAACGAUUCACAUAAUUAUGUGUAAAUAUCACAUAAUUAUGUGAAACGUGACCUUUAUUUUUUUUUUUUUUUGGUGUGGCAGUAAUACGCUUCCAUACAUUUUACAUUCGAUCCACACCGUUUCAACUUCAAUAUGUUCCAAAAAUUCACGCCAGUCGCAAUUUCACAUUUUUCACUGCGCACAAAAUUUGAUUUAGCAAUACAGUGUAUUAAAAAAAAAAUGUCCAAUUCAGGAGCAACGGAGAAUCGGCAAGAACACAGACAGACCAAGUAUAAAGACUUGAGAGACUAUGAAACAAGGUACAUUAUAAACAUUGAUUUCCCAGUUGAAUUUAGAUUAAAUAUAGAAUAUGGUCAGGCAAUAUUCCAAUAAUUGCCACGCCCAGAACUGAGAAAGGACAGCAAGAGACUGCAAAAAAAAAAAAAAGAUAAAAAUAUGUUUAUCAUAACAUUUCCUGGACAGUUUGGGGCACAGCCUUGUUUGCACCUAAUGUAAAACUUGAGAGAUCUGCGUAGAGGACGUCAUUCAUCGGACAUUAAAGGUCAAUAGUAGGAAAUGAUAAGUAAACAGGUGGUCAAGGGUGCGUGUGUGUAUGUUGGCACAUGGAGCGACUUCAUCACACCAGAUCGGACUUUCCAGCAGGCCCGCUAAAGCCAGAAUCAAAGCAGACGGGAGCGGUGUCUUUUAAAGCAGAAGAUCGCUGACCCGCGUCCAAGGAUCGCACGUCGGUAUUUGUCGCUGGCCCGACUGCGUACCGCAUGCGUCGGCCCAAGGUUACGGCCGAGCUGCUGUGUGAAGAGCAAAUCAGGCGGCUUAUAUUUAGCCUUGCAAAUGGCGCUGUGUGGAUUAUGUCUUGCGGCUCUCCGAUUUCGUCUUCAGCGCCUCUGCCUACCAUGACGGGGGCUGCGCUGUGAGCUAUUCAGUCUUCCUCCGGCGCUGAAACGCUACCCACCCACCGCUCGUCCCGGACCCACGGACCAGUAGCGCCGGACGUUGUUCCGCCGGACAACUCUCUGGAACCAUGGACGUCCUCGCCUUAGAGGCGAAAAAUGUCAACGGUUCGGAGCCCGAGAAAAAGUCUUCAUCCAGGCCCCGACCCAAACCGCCCAAAAAGCCAAAAAGGAUAGUCUACUUUGAGGUGGAGAUCGUGGAUGUAAAGACCAAAGAGAAACUGCUGCUGCUGGACAAGGUUUUAUGGUUCCUUGUGGCACUUUGGCAGACCCCAGGAUGGCUUCCAUGUAUCUGUUUGGUGGAGCCAACUGCCACUAUUUUGGAUAUUAAGGCUUUAGUUCACAAAUCAUAUCCAAAGUGGUACCCGGCCAGACAGUCCCUGCGCUUGGACCCAAAGGCCAAGUGUGUGAGGGAUGAGGAAGUCCUCCAAACGCUCCCUGUGGGAACCACUGCCAGUUUCUACUUCAGCGACCUCGGACCGCAACUUACAUGGGGGACUGUGUUCCUUGCAGAGUGCGCAGGGCCGCUGCUCAUCUAUUUAAUGUUCUACUUCCGCCUCCCCUUCAUCUACGCUCCAAAAUACGACUUCACCGCCAGCAAGAACUGGGUCGUACACUCAGCUUGCAUCUGUCACUCUCUCCAUUACAUCAAGAGGAUUUUGGAGACCCUGUUCGUCCACCGCAUCUCGCACGGGACCAUGCCUCUCCGGAACAUAUUUAAGAAUUGCGGCUUUUACUGGAGUGCCGCGGCUUGGAUGGCGUACUACAUCAACCACCCGCUCUACACGCCGCCGCUUUACGGGCAGCAGCAAGUGAACGUCGGACUUUACGUUUUCUUGUUUUGCCAACUCGGGAAUCUUUCCAUCCACGUGGCGCUUCGGAACCUCAAGCAACCAGGUUCAAAAGUCAAGAAGUUUCCAUACCCGACGAAGAAUCCAUUCACGUGGAUUUUCUGGCUGGUGUCCUGUCCAAAUUAUACGUAUGAGGUGGGCUCGUGGCUGGGCUUUGGCGUGAUGACGCAGUGCCUCCCCGUGGCUCUUUUCACGCUGGCCGCCUUCGCGCAGAUGAGCGUGUGGGCCCGGGGCAAACACCGCAGCUACGUGAAGGAGUUCAAGGACUAUCCCACCCUGCGCUCCCCCAUCCUGCCCUUCAUCCUUUAGAACAAGGGGGUGUCAAACUCAUUUUUGCCGGGGGGCCACAUUGUGGCUACGGUUUCCCCCAGAAGGCCGUUAUGACUAAAACCAUAUUAUUCUUUAAUCGCCUCGUCAUAUUCACACUAAACUUAUGAACUAGCUUUGGAAUUUUUUGGGGGAACUAUUUUUGAUACUUGCAAUAUCUCAAUGUUAUCGUUUAUGAUAUGGCAAUUUUAAUUUUUGGUCCGGAUUUGGGCAAGAAUCAUGGAAAUCGACCCAGAUGAUUUGCCUUUGCGGGCCGCGUAAAAUUACGUGGCGGGCCAGAUCUGGCCCCCGGGCCUUGAGUUUGACACAUGUGCUUUAGAACUUCGCCUCGGCUGGGGCGCUCAUUUAUUUAUUUUUUUUUUCCAUUUUCCUAUCAGGGGCCACAUCUGUUCAAAUCCUCGCAGGGUCGUACAAAAAAAUAAAAAAUGGGAUACCCCGACUGUUUAUUAUUACAUAUUUUGAGCAAUUUGGUUGUAUUUGUUUUGACAUCUCCACGGCGAUCCGUGGAGUGCCACUCGAUGAAGCGCGUGACGUUUGAUGGCUUGAAAGUCUUAAUAUUAAGGGAGAACGUUUUAUUUUAUUUUAUUUUCCGCUACUUUGCUUGGUUUUGAAAGCAUUUACGCGUCAAUUUGCUGCUGCUGUUUCACCGCCUACAGCAAAAAAAAUAUAUAUAUAUAUUUUUUAAGCGUUUGACACAUUUGACCAGCAGCAACAUGAAGUGCUUUCAAGGUGACAUUUUAUAAACAAGCGAGUUUUUAAAUUACCUUAUUUAUUGAAUUAAAAAUUACACUGCCCAGUACAACUUUUGUUAUCUGCUUAUUUUCAAAAAUGUGUGUGUGAGUGAAACUAGACUGGCUCAUGUGUUAACGUUCAUAACAGUGAUGCGCCACAUACAGAUAAGCACAAUGAAUGUACUACUUACUUUUCUUUUCAUGUUAUGUAUCAAAUGCAUGGACUGAUGAUGGGUGUUGUGGUACAUGCUGCUGGUGUAGAUGGCGUGGGUGCGAUUUCUGGCCAGUCCCAAGUCUGUCUUAAAAAAAAAAAACAACAAAAAAAAACCAAAAGGGUGGGUUGCGCCGGGAAUGGCAUCUGGCGUAAAAACUGUUGCCAAGCCAGUCGUGCCAGUGACUUGCUGUGGCGCCCCCUAACGGCCGCAACAACAUGGAGUAAAGUCUGUAUUUGGCACAGGCGCAAAGAUCCAAAUGGU